AUGACUGCAUCUGCUUUCCUAUACGAUCCAACGCAUCAAAAAAACCUAGGAGAAUUAUCUCAAUUGGAGCCACCGAGACAAAGAAGAGAUUAUGAGUGGCAAAUAGUAUGGAGGAAUGUUCUGGCAUUCGUUUACCUGCACAUGGCAACUUUGUAUGGAGUAUACCUGAUAUUAAUCGGCAAAACAAAAAUUCUUACGUUAGUAUUUGCUGUGACUAUAUCAGCGAUGUCCGCCAUGGGUGUGACAGCAGGCGCACAUCGUCUGUGGGCUCAUCGUGCGUACAAAGCUCGCUGGCCUCUCAGAAUCUUCCUUGCUGUCAUGCAGACCAUGGCUUUCCAGAACCAUAUAUACGAAUGGGUUCGAGAUCACAGAGUUCAUCAUAAAUUCACUGAAACCGAUGCUGAUCCUCAUAACGCUAAAAGAGGUUUCUUCUUUUCCCAUAUGGGCUGGCUCAUGGUCAGAAAACACAAAGCAGUCUUCGAGAAAGGAGCAUCUGUUGAUAUGUCAGACUUAGAAAAAGACCCCAUUGUUAUGUUCCAGAAAAAGACAUAUUUAGUGCUAAUGCCGUUACUCUGCUUCGUUGUGCCAGCGUGGUUACCAGUAGCUUUGUGGAAUGAAAAUCCUUGGGUGUCAUGGUACGUGGCUUCAAUGCUGCGCUACACUAUAUCCCUGCAUUUUACCUGGCUCGUCAACUCAGCAGCCCAUAUUUGGGGAAAUCGACCAUACGACCAAUAUAUAGGUGCCACUGAUAACAAAGCUGUUGCAAUUUGUGCUUUUGGUGAGGGUUGGCACAACUAUCAUCACGUCUUCCCUUGGGACUACAAGGCCGCUGAGCUUGGAAACUAUAGCACAAACUUGUCUACAGCUCUUAUAGAUUUCGCCGCUAAGUAUGGUUUAGCAUAUGAUCUUAAGACUGUGUCUAUUGAGAUGAUACGAAAGCGAGUUUCAAGGACGGGUGAUGGAUCGCAUCCUCUGAGCAGUAAGAAGGAGGCAUUAAACCAACAUGAGCAUCACCACCCUGAGAAUCCAGUGUGGGGUUGGGACGACGAAGACAUGACCGAAGAUGAGAAAAAACUAGCAGAAAUUGCCCAUAAACUAAAUUAA